AGCGCACACGAGGAUGUUAUACGAAAGCGUGUGGAGACCGCUGGAAACUUCUAGAGGAAUGCCCGUUGUUGAUUAUUAACAACUUUAACAAGUAUUUAUCCGUCAAACCAGAGAGUGUACGUACUUUUAAACGACAGCACCUGUAUAUAGUAUCAGGAUGUCUGUGAUCGAGGAGGAGAGCGUUCGCGGGGGAGUUUUUAAAGACAUUAAUGCAGAAGAUGAAGAUGUCCAACCUACAGUGAUCGAGAGCUUGUGCAUGAACUGCUAUAAGAAUGGAAGCACACGUCUGAUGUUAACUAAAAUCCCUUUCUUCAAAGAAAUCAUUAUCAGCUCCUUUGCAUGUCCACACUGCAACUGGAACAACACAGAAAUCCAGUCCGCUGGGCGGAUACAGGAACAGGGUGUCAUAUACACCUUACAGGUGAAGAGCAAAGAGGACAUAAAUCGGGAGGUUGUGAAAGCUGACAGUGCAUCUACCAGAAUACCUGAACUUGAUUUUGAAAUUCCUGCCUUUACACAAAAAGGCUCUUUGUCAACAAUCGAGGGCCUGAUGGACAGAGCAGUGGCGGGUUUAGAACAAGAUCAAGUUAUUCGAAAGACAACAGAUCCGUCUGUAGCAGGAAAAAUAGAGGAAUUCGUCCACAGGUUGAAAAAACUUAAAGAAGGAGAAGAGGAAUUCACAUUAAUAAUUGAUGAUCCAUCAGGAAACAGUUUUAUCGAGAACCCAUUCGCACCACAGAAAGACAAAUGUCUCUCUGUCACAAAUUACAAAAGAACUUCUGAACAGAAUGCUUCUCUUGGAAUAGAGGAAGAGGAAGAGCAAGAAGAUGAAAAGCCCAACAAUGAUCUAGACACCAUGAGAAAUGAGGUUUUAGUGUUUAACACUAGCUGUCCGGAGUGCAACGCCCCAGCCAAUACAAACAUGAAGCUUGUUCAAAUUCCACAUUUCAAAGAAGUUAUUAUUAUGGCCACAAACUGCGACAGCUGUGGGAGUCGCACCAAUGAGGUAAAACCAGGAGGAGCAACAGAAGAGCUGGGAACCAGAAUAACACUCCACUUAACUGACCCUUCAGACAUGUCCAGAGACUUACUGAAGUCAGAGACGUGUAGUGUGUCAAUUCCCGAACUGGAGUUUGAGUUGGGAAUGGCGGCUCUUGGUGGGAAGUUCACUACUGUGGAAGGUCUUCUUAAGGACAUCAAAGACCUGAUCGUUUCGAAAAACCCCUUCAUGUGUGGCGACAGCGUUUCAGCUGACAGAGCAGAUAAAUUUAAGCUUUUUGGGCAGAAGAUUGACAAGAUAAUGGCUGGAGAGAUGGAUGUUCAUAUCAUUUUGGAUGAUCCAGCGGGAAAUAGUUAUCUUCAGAAUAUUUAUGCCCCAGAUCCCGAUCCGGAAAUGAAGAUUGAGAAGUAUACUCGAACGUUUGAACAUAAUGAGGACUUGGGUCUCAACGACAUGAAGACAGAAGGGUACGCAGAGACUUGAGAUCAAAUGGAAAUGAGAACUUGCAUGCCAAAUUCUGUCGAAGCCUUUAUAAAAAUGUUAUUUAAUUCUCUUUCAGCGUUAUUGUAAAACCAACGUAACUAGCGCUUGAAAAAAAAAUUACAAAUCUGUCUUUAAGGCAAGUUAUGAUUUGGGGGGGGUCGUUAUUUUGGCUUAAGUAUGCAAGGUUCUGAGUUUUCUAUGCUGUAAAUCCUUUUUAAGUUAUUGCUUGGCUAUGGUGCCCUUGUGUUAAAUAAAGUGUAAUAACCAAAUUAUCACCAAGUUGUAAAGUACUUUAAACUACUGACACUCAAUAAAGUAGUCUUACCCCUUUAAA